AUGCAAGAACUUCCGGAUUGCUUGUACAAAGGAAACCAACCAACCUUAAUCACUCCUACAUCACCAACUCCAAAUCAAACUCUCUACCUCUCAAACCUCGACGACCAUCAUUUUCUCAGAUUCUCUAUCAAGUAUCUUUACCUUUUCCAAAAACCUCUCUCUUCUCUAACCCUGAAAGAUUCUCUCUCUAGGGUUUUAGUCGAUUACUACCCUUUCGCCGGUCGGAUCAGAGCUUCAGAUGACCCGACCAAACUCGAGGUUGAUUGUAAUGGAAAAGGCGCGGUUUUCGCAGAAGGUUUUAUGGAUAUAACGUCUCAAGAUUUUCUUCAGCUUUCUUCCAAACCAAACAAGUCUUGGAGGAAGCUCUUGUACAACGUUCAAGCUCCGAGUUUCUUGGAUAUUCCUCCUCUUGUCAUACAGGUGACGCAUCUCCGUUGCGGGGGUAUAAUCCUCUGCACAGCGAUCAAUCACUGCCUCUCUGACGGCAUCGGCACGUCACAGUUCCUACAUGCAUGGGCCAAUGCCAACACCAAUGCUCAUUUUCCGAUCCGACCAUUCCACUCCCGACACGUGUUAGAUCCACGACAUCCUCCACGUGUUACACAUUCACAUCCCGGUUUCACCCGAAGCACAGUAGACAAUAAUAACUCCACUUUUGACAUUUGCAAGUGUUUACAUUCUCAACCAUUAAUUCCCACCACCUUAACCUUCACUCCAUCUCUUAUCCUACAACUAAAGAAAACAUGCGCUCCCUCGUUAAAAUGUACCACAUUUGAGGUACUAGCUGCUCACACGUGGCGCUCGUGGGCUCGAUCUCUUGACUUACCGUUGGCCAUGGUGGUAAAACUCUUAUUCUCUGUUAAUAUAAGGAAAAAGCUAACUCCGGAACUUUCCCAAGGGUAUUAUGGUAAUGGAUUUGUACUAGCUUGUGCUGAGAGCAAAGUACAAGACCUAGUCAAUGGUAAUAUAAACCACGCGGUUAAAGCAAUACAAGAAGCGAAAGAGAGAAUCACCGAUGAGUAUGUAAGAUCAACAUUGGAUUUACUAGAAGAUAAAACAGUAAAUACAGACGUCUCAUGCAGUUUGGUUAUAUCACAAUGGGCGAAAUUGGGAUUAGAGGAGUUGGACUUUGGAGGAGGAAAACCAUUGUAUAUGGGUCCUUUGACGAGUGAUAUAUAUUGUUUGUUUUUACCGGUCGCGGGAAACUAUGAUGCAAUUAGGGUUCAGGUGUCGCUGCCGGAGGAUGUUGUCAAGAGGCUAGAGUAUUACAUGGUCAAGUUUUUAGACGGAGAUGAAGAAGAGAAUCCUUGUGCAUGA